AUGUUCGGCACGCAGCAAUACACGGACGUCGCGAGGAAGAGGGGCCGCGACGACGACGACGAUCUGCACAACGGCUCCCUCAGCUUCGGCGAACACAGAAAUCGCUGGUCGGCGCCCAUGAUGCCCCUCAGCUCGGUGCCCUGCACCCUGACGCCCGGCGACUCGGACUCGGAAGAACAACCCAGGUCACGCUUCUCGCCCUGGUCGUCGUCCCCGGCGCCCAUGUCCUGCCAGCCCUCGCCUUGGGGCCCGGCCGCCGACGCCGACCGUGACAUGGACAUGAUGGACACAAUGUCGCCGCCGCCUGUGCCGCAACAGCACCAACACCAACACCAGCACCAGCACCAGCACCAGCAAAUCCACGCCGACCAGCACGCCUCAAGCAACGGCCGCAUGCCGACGCCCAUCCAACCAAACUUCGCCGCCCAGGUCCGGGGUGGCGCUUGGGGUGGUCCCGGACCCGCAGUGAGCCAUCUCAACGGCGUCGUGAAUAUGGGCCACAUGCACGCCGGUUUCAGCGCCGACCAGUCCCGAUGCAUCCCCCGCACCAUGGAGGGCUCCGACGACUGGCACGCCGUCCAGAACCGCCGUCUACCCUCGCCCAUUAGCGAAGGCGAGGACUCGAGCAGCCACGCUGACAGCGGGAGCCUGAGCCCUCCCGGCAUGGUCCUCGACAACGGCUUCCCGUCCAACCUCACCAUGCGCCUCGAGCAAUCGUCCCUCGACGGCCAUGGCCACCACGACAUGGGCAUGAUGGACGUCGAGGAUCACCACCACAUGAUGGGCGACGACUCUGUCACCACCACGAUAGACUCGGGCCCUACGGAGACUACGUCGGCGCCGGCAACACCCUCGCCCGGCCGGAAGGGCCACAUCCGGUCUAGGCACACUGUCAACACGUGGACAUGGCAGCCCGGCAUGAAGAAGAGCUUCAGCAUCGGCUACCGUGCCGACUGCGAGAAGUGCCGCCUCAAGGUUCCCGGCCAUUUCAACCACAUCAUUGUCUCGUAG